AUGGCACACAAUUCAAUAAUUCUUCACCGAAUAUUUCUGUUACAAAGACUGCCGAAACACAUUUGUUAUGGGCUUAAAACACGCCUUUUAAGUUACCGCAAUCCUCAGUGUCGAUUUUUUUCAACAAAACCUCAGGCUCAAUGUCAACCAAAAAAGAAAUGGUGUGGUGUUGUUGGCCUUGAAAUUCAUGCUCAGAUUUUAUCCAAAAGUAAAAUGUUCUCUGGAUCUGCUACAUCCUAUGGUGCACCAACCAAUACACAAGUGGCUCUUUUUGAUGCUGCCUUGCCAGGAACUCUACCAGUGCUUAACCAAAGGUGUGUAGAAGCUGCAGUUAUGACAGCCUUAGCGCUCAAGUGUCAAAUCAACAAGAUAUCAACGUUUGAUCGCAAACAUUAUUUCUAUUCAGAUUUGCCAGCUGGCUUCCAGAUUACUCAGUAUCACAAACCAUUGGCCGUUGAUGGGAAGUUGGAAUAUAUCAUUUCUUCAGCAUCCAAGAAGCAGCAAGCAAUAAAUAAAAUGGCCAGAAUUACACAGAUCCAGCUUGAAGUGGACAGUGGCAAAAGUCUACAUGACCACAAAGACCACCAGAGUCUCAUUGACCUUAAUCGAGCAGGAGUGGGUUUAAUGGAAAUUGUCACCGAGCCUGAUUUUGUAAAUGGAGAUGAAGCUGCAGCCUUUUUAAGAGAACUCCAAUUAAUUUUAGUGACUUUAGGCACUUGUGAUGGGAAAAUGUCAGAGGGAUCAUUUCGAGUUGAUGCCAACAUCUCUGUCCACCAUCCUGGAGAACCUUAUGGGGUUAGAACUGAAGUCAAGAAUAUCAAUAGCAUCAGACAUGUCUCAAAGGCCAUCAAUUUUGAGAUAAAGAGGCAGACUGAAGAGUUGGAAGCUGGCAAAGAAAUCCAAAAUGAAACUCGAUCAUUUGAUAUUGAUACAGGAGAAACAGUGCUUAUGCGUGACAAGGAAGGUUUCCAAGAUUAUCGUUUUAUGCCAGAACCAAACCUACCACCUAUAUAUGUGUAUGAUGACCAAUCAUUGCCAGAGACAGAUUCCAAAGUUGUCAAUAUGGAUGCUAUUCAAUGCCAAAUACCUGAGUUACCAAAUCAGAAAAGGUUAAGGUUACAGCAGGAUUAUGAGCUUUCCCUUGAUAAAAUCAACAUGCUCUUGUUUGAACAUGGAAUGAUAGUUGUGUUUGAAGACAUUUUGGCUAUUGUUAGUCAUGAUCCAUUGGUGAAGCCACAGAACAUUGCCAAUUUCUUGAUGAAUGAUUUCCUCUCAGUUCUAAAGAGUAAGAAUUUGUCUAUUGAUAACAGUGGCAUUCCAACCUCAGCUCUUGCUGAUAUUUGCACCCUGACAGACAAAGAUGAGAUCUCCAAGGGAACAGCCAAAAAUGUUCUGAUAGAACUUUUUAACCGUCCCUCCCAGUCAGUGAGAAAUAUUGUCGAAUCAAACAAAUGGUACCAAAUCAAUGAUAUUGAUCGGCUGAAAGAUCUCUGUGAAGAAGCAUUUUCUCAGUAUCCAGAAGCAGUAAUGAAGUUCAAGAAAGGUAGGAAGAGAGCUAUCAACCCACUCAUUGUACAUGUCUUGAAUGCUACUGAUGGUUGUGCCAAUCCUCAGAAAGUGAAAGACAUUCUCCUGAAAAUGCUAAGUUGA